AUGGCAUGUUCUGCCGGAAAACGCCAACUCUCCGAAGCCGAAAUUCAAAGACUAUUGAAGCAACGCAACAAAACUCCUGUCAAAUCCACCAAGGGUCAAGAUGGAAGAAUAAUAGAUUGUAUUCAUAUCAUGGAUCAGCCGGGAUUGGAUCAUCCUUUACUAAAGAACCACACUGUCCGAAUGAGGCCAAACGCCUUACCUAAAACUCAUUCCAAACAUGUGGAUUCGGAUCGGAAAAUGGAUGCCAUGUGGAAUCAACUUUGGAACGAGAACGGGAGAUGCCCGAAGAACACCAUUCCAAUCAUAAGAACGACAAGAGAAGAUUUGAUAAGGGAAGCUUCCCUGCCGAAGAAGAAGUUUCCACCACUAAACGGAUCUUAUGUUGCGCAAGAUGACCCAAAUGAGCACGAGUACGCAGUGAUGGGGACUACAGGAGAAUUCAUGGCAGCAAAGGCGCGUAUAGGAGUAUGGAACCCAAAGGUCGAGGCGGGCGCAAAUGAAUUCAGCUUGGCUCAGAUGUGGCUCGCUAGUGACCAGCGGAUCACCAACUCCUUGGAAGCUGGUUGGCAGGUUUACCCCGGAAUAUAUGGAGACGAUCGAACGCAUUUGUUCACAUACUGGACAGCUGAUGCAUACAGAAGCACGGGCUGCUACAAUUUGAGAUGUUACGGCUUUGUUCAAACCGACUACCGAAUGAUCGUCGGCGGCGCCUUACCACUUAUAUCCGUCUAUGAUGGUUUGGAUAUUUAUUUCGAUUUGGAAAUCUCCAUGGACCUCGAAACCAGAGACUGGUGGCUAUUAAUGGCUGGGCACCACAUAGGAUACUGGCGCGGAGAUGUAGUACCGGAAAUGGACCAAGGUGCACAAGUGUUUGAUUUGGGAGGCGAGAUUGUGAAUGAGAAUAAGCUACAGCACACGUCCACGGAGAUGGGGAGCGGUCACUUUCCGCUCGAAGGGUACGGUAAGGCGGCUUAUUUCUUGAACAUACAGGCCGUCGACUUGUCGAAUGACAUCCACGACGAUCUCGGAAGCUUCACACCAAAAGUCACUAACGGAAAUUGUUACACGUUGUACGCUUCGACGUUCCCCGAGGGAACCGGUUUUUACUACGGAGGCCCGGGCAGGCACGAAGAGUGCCCAUGA